UUAACACCUAUUACGGGAAUAUGCUGGUGUGUACGAACGAACGGACACUUGCCGAGAAGUUGUUUUAGUUUCCAUGCCUAUUACUUAGGUGGUGCAGUUUGACGACGGCAUAUGAGUUCACAAGGACUUAUAGGUGGACACUGGACAUGCCUGAGGAUACGCUUUGCUGAUACUAGUUAUAUAUCCAACACGUGGUGUACUGUGCAGAUGAAAAAAAUGAUUAUUCAAAAUGGCGACGGCAUUACAAGAAAAAACAUACAACUUUGGAAUUUAUAAGAAAAAUGGAAAACGAGCAAUUUUGCAGCUUGAUUUUUCUGGGACAUCAAUAUACCUGAUCAAACGAGGUCACAUAAAAAACACUUACCCGUUUAGCAGUCUUGAACACUUCGAUUCGGAGGAAGGUCUUCAUAUUUCUCUGAAGUUUAAAGAUGACGUGUUCGAGUUUGACGCCGACAACUCGGAGGAGAAGCACUCGAUAUGUCGUCUGCUCAGCUUCAUAUUGAACGCGGACGAGGAGGACCAGGAUGGACCAUCCACUCCAAACGAACUGCUGACACCAGUGAGGGUCAUCAAGGAGGGACUGAUUGAGAAGAAAGGCAACACGACCAUCACCACCUGGAACAAACGUCGAUUACAAAUAACUCCUGGCGAAUUCUCUUACUUCAAACCCGGAGACCAGCUUGCUUUGAAUAUCAUCCAAGUGUGGAAUGAAAUUUGUCAUCUCAAGAAAGUUGGUCAAGGAAGUUUUGUCGUGAGGGUUCGUGAACGUGAAUACGUGUUUCGAGUUCUCAACGAUUCAAAAUCUGCAGCUGAAUCAGAACGGGAACAAUGGAUGCGAGCAUUUCAUGUGGCGCUGAGAUCCAAGCGAAAUACUAUGAUGAUCUUAGACUCGUUGUCGUCAUCCAUCCUAUCAAACAACGACUCGACCGUCCAGAGUGACACCGCGACCUUCACCUUACCCCAGAAAAGUCUACACAAUCAGCCAAACAAGGAACCUACUCAGGAGCCCGUGAACGAAACGGGGAAUGGAGAGACCGAUCCCAGAAUCCCCAACAAAAAAGGGAUCACUGCUACUGUCAGUGUCCACCUCAGCUAUGUCGACAGUACGGACACUUUGGAGCAAUUGCCCACAGCAAAUCGCCCAAAACCCGCAGCCUAUCUGGCAAAGAAAACACUAACUGACAGCAGGAAAGCACCAGGGGUACCAAACGACGAAGAACAGGAGUCGGCGGAAACGAACGAAUCGGACGACGAUCGUUUCCGUUCGGUAGCUUCCGUAAGGGCCAAGUGGCAGACGAUUGGCAACGCUGCAUCCAAUGAAGUUAACGGACACAAGAUCCAAAACAGUUUAAAGGACAGUAAACAUACGUUGCAGGAGCCGGCUCCUGAUUACGAAACGACUGAUGUAGAUAAAAAUAAGAACAGUCAUGAUGAUGUGUUGUCAAAGUCGAAAUAUGCUCAUACUAUUAAUAAUAAUAAUAAUAAUGUCAUAGAAAGUCAUCAGAAAGUGCACAGCUCUCUGUCUGCAAAUGGUUCGACAGCACUGCGCCCACCCCCUCCUCCUCCGCAACAAUUCAAGAACACUAAAACAGGAGUUAAGUUAAAAUACGUCCCAAAGAUGAAACUCAAGCAAGUACACUGGUCAAAGAUUUUCCAGGUUGAAGCAACUGUAUGGAAAGACGUCCGUGACGUCACAGAACGUUUGGAUCGGACGUUGAUGGACACUCAGUUUUCGUUGUCGGAAAAAGAUGUCAAAAUAGAACCACCCAAAGCUUCCAAGAAGGAGGUGAUGUUAGACUCGAAGCGAGCCCAGAAUCUGGGUAUCGUGUUUGCUGGUCUCAAGACUGACGUCAUAGAGCUACUGAAGACCGCAUUACAGUCAACUGUAGAAAUACCAGAGUUCCCGGCAGACAAACUCAGGACCAUACGAAGAUACCAGCCGACAGCAGACGACUUGGAAAUGUACAAGGAGUACAAAGGGUCACGUGACGCGCUGCACUCCGUUGACAAGUUCAUGAUGGAGCUGUGUGACAUUCCUUACCUCGGUCCGCGUCUCGACCUGGUCCUCACCAUCCUGGAUCUACCCAGUCAGUUCAGCUACCUGUCCCAGGAAGUGCUCCUGGUAUGGAAAGCCUGCGAAGAGCUCUGUAACUGUCCCCCACUAGUGGGCGUGCUGGAAUACCUCCUGUCUGUGGGCAACUACCUUAACGCGUACUCCUCGUCUGGCAUUGGGGCUCACGGCUUCCAGAUUACCUCCAUAGACAAGGUGCUGGACAUCAAGGGCCGCGACCCCCAGUUCACCUUGCUUGCACCUCCUGGUGGACCAGAUCCGACAGACGAAGCCGGAUCUCCUCGACUGGACCUCCCACCUCUCGCACGUGUCUCGAUCAGCUGACUUCUCCGUCGUUGCCAUCACUGCUGAAGUUCAAGUUCUGAAGAAUGACCUACAGAAAAUACGUCGACACAUGAAGACACUGAAGCCAAUUCUCUCUGCAAAACAAGACAAAAAGUUCUACAGCAACGUCCAGAAUUUCCUGAUUGAGUAUGAACGAAAACUUGUUGACCUACAAACAUCAAGUAGCAAACUGUUAGACCUGUAUCACAGAAUUCUGGUAUUGUUUGGAGAAUCUCCCCAGACGUCCUCCGAUGUUUUCUUCUCGAGUAUCAGCUUCUUCAUAGACAAGUUCCAAACAGUGCGUGACAAGCACUCUUGAACUGAAAACACAAUGAACAGGGCUUGAACAAUCUGGUUAAAAUCCAUGAACUGUGGGAUACAUGGUCCUGCUGAACAUGGGGUUUGUUAAAUAGUUAACAUUUAACAUGUCAUAAUAUGACAUUGCGCCACGUAACUGAAAUAUAUAUUUUUAUAAACUGGUGGAACAAUUGAAAACUACAGAGGAUUUAAAAUACUGGCGAGGGUGAUGUUUUUUUUCUUUUUUCAAAUUUUAUUUUAUUAUUAUUAUUAUUAUUUUAAUUUUCUGUGUUUUCUGUUUUUCUGUGUUGAAGUCCUGAUUGUAAAUGAACGUCCAUUAACAACAACAACAACAAAAAUGUUGAUGGAUCGAUCUGACUAAAUAGACGUGUUUUUUUCCUAUUCCAACCAACAUUCUAUGAGAAAACACAAUGUGGCUAUUCGCGGAGGAGUGUUUACUUGACGAAAACACAGCAUAUAAAUUAAUGAGGUAAUCAAAGUGAUUGGAUCGUGGGCAGCAGCUGGUUUCUCAUCCAACACUCAUCGUCAGCCAUUUAUCAAGUGCACGGUGUUCAACACUCGGUGACCUGCUGGCUAAAUACUACAUCGAUGUGACAUUUAAAAAAAAAAAUAUUACAUUUCAUUUCUAUUUUUACUCCUGUUCUCACAAAGCCGCCUACGUAAGGCUGGUGACUGUUGUAGUGAAACUAACAACUUGUAUCAGAUUCGCUGUGCAAAAUAAAAUAUUUAAAAUAUUUCAAAAAGA